CCCCCCCUUUUAAACCACACUAAAUGUCUAACUUCAAAGUCGCCGAUAUCUCCUUAGCCGCCUUCGGCCGCAAGGACAUUGAAUUGUCCGAAAACGAAAUGCCAGGUUUGAUGGAAAUCCGUAGCAAGUACGGUCCAUCUCAGCCAUUGGCCGGUGCCAGAAUUGCCGGUUGUUUGCACAUGACUAUCCAGACCGCUGUCUUGAUCGAAACCUUGGUUGCCUUGGGUGCUGAAGUCACCUGGUCUUCCUGUAACAUUUUCUCCACCCAGGACCACGCCGCCGCCGCCAUUGCCGCUGCCGGUGUCCCAGUUUUUGCUUGGAAGGGUGAAACCGAAGAGGAAUACCUCUGGUGCCUUGAACAGCAGUUGUUCGCUUUCAAGGACAACAAGAAGUUGAACUUGAUCUUGGACGAUGGUGGUGACUUGACCGCUUUGGUCCACGAAAAGUACCCAGAAAUGUUGAAGGACUGUUUCGGUGUCUCUGAGGAGACCACCACCGGUGUCCACCACUUGUACAAGAUGAUGAAGAACGCCACCUUGAAGGUCCCAGCCAUUAAUGUUAACGACUGUGUCACCAAGUCCAAGUUUGACAACUUGUACGGUUGCCGUGAAUCCUUGAUCGAUGGUAUUAAGCGUGCCACCGACGUCAUGUUGGCUGGUAAGGUUGCUGUUGUUGCCGGGUUCGGUGAUGUCGGUAAGGGUUGUGCCAUGGCCUUGAGAGGUAUGGGUUCCCGUGUCAUUAUCACUGAAAUCGACCCUAUCAACGCCUUGCAGGCCGCGGUUGAGGGUUACGAAGUGAAGACCAUGGAAGAAGUUGCUUCCCAGGGUCAAAUCUUUGUCACCACCACCGGGUGUCGUGACAUCAUCACUGGUGAGCACUUCUCCCAGAUGCCAGAUGACGCUAUCGUCUGUAACAUUGGUCACUUCGACAUUGAAAUCGAUGUUGCGUGGUUGAAGUCUAACGCCAAGGAAUGUGUCAACAUCAAGCCACAGGUCGACCGUUUCUUGAUGGAAUCCGGUAGACACGUCAUCUUGUUGGCUGAAGGUAGAUUGGUCAACUUGGGCUGUGCCACUGGUCACUCCUCUUUCGUUAUGUCCUGUUCUUUCUCCAACCAGGUCUUGGCCCAGAUUGCCUUGUUUACCCAGGACAACACCUCUUUCCUCGAAGCUUUCCCAGCCUUCAAGAGAGAGAAGUUCUCCGUCGGUGUCCACUUGUUGCCAAAGUGUUUGGACGAAGAGGUUGCCAGAUGUCACUUGGCCAAGUUGGGGGUUAAGUUGACCACCUUGUCUAACGUCCAGUCCGAGUACUUGGGUAUCCCACAGGAGGGUCCAUACAAGGCUGAUAUCUACAGAUACUAAUCGUGUCGCUUUCUUAUCUUAAUGACAAGGAGCUGAUUUCCUAAGGGGGUGAGUUGUCUGUGUGUUUGCAUCAACUGCAUUUACAUUAUUGUUACGUCUAAGUAAUGUAUUCAUGUCUUGUUUAUUUUAUUUUAUUCUUUUUUUUUCUAUUGCCUCGCUCUCUUUCUCUUAUUGGGUUUGUUUUUCAUUUCAUUUUUCUUUGCAUGCUGAGUGUUCUGUUAGCCUUGGUAGCUACGGACUUCCAUGUGUGUAUAUAUAAUAGGGUUCCUCAACGGAUUAGAUAUAUAAUAUUUUUUUUCC